AUGAAGGAGACGCCCAUGUCCUACCUAAACAAGUGGGAGGACCUCUGGACCUCCCAGCAUAUUCCGACUGAUGAUCACUCGAUGAAAAGCGAAAAAGUUGCAGGGAAUGAGAUGGAGAGCCGACUACGCACUUUAACCAAUGCUCUGAGCUCUAAUACAUCGACAGGAGUCGACAAUCUGAAUCUCAUGUUUGAAGAAUUUCCGUAUCCGCGACACCAAAACUCGAUAUCAAUUUAUAAUGAAGAGACCCAUUCUAGAUUGAUUGCCAAAUUAAUUCAAGCACGGGAAGAAGACAGAACCUUCAAAGUUGUUGCUAACGGCGGUUCGACAACUGCUGGUGGUGGAUCAACACCAAUGUAUAGGAACGAGCGGUACUAUGCAAGGCUUGGUAACUACGUGAAUGAUCUUCUUUCAAAUAUAAGAGCUGAUGGUUGGAACCAAACAGUGCAGGUGAUAGGCCAAGGGCAUGGUACCCGGAAUUCGCUGCAUAGUGCGGUACUUUUUGACAGCUUCAUUCCUCCCGAUGCCGACUUAAUACUAUGGGAAUUCUCUAUAAACGAUGCGGCUGAACUGGAGGAAGAUUUGAUCAUGCAAAAUGCAAAGCUCAACUUUCUUCCUUGGAUUCAUGAGGUUGGUAAGAUGAAGCAGCCGCCGCUUGUCAUUCUGAUAUACUACUGGGACACGCCAUAUCAUCACGAUAAGACAACGAUGGCAAUUGUAGGUCGAGCAUUCCAGUCACAUGGUGACAUUGCAAGACAAUUUGAUUUCGUUGCCGGGCAUAUCAACAUGGCGACAUAUGUUGACGAGCUGGGGCUAUCAUCAUGCUGGAAUUUUAGUGAAUGCCCCUUCCUAAACGAUGUUCAUCACGCCAGCGAUCUGGGGCAUCUAGCUACUGCGUUUUUACUCUUAGCCUUCUUGAGUCCAAGAGGAAGCUUGAUUCCCGAAAAGCCGACGAUGUAUCUAGCUGAUACCGAAUACGAAUGGAGUUGUGGAGUCGAGACAGUGGCAAAACGAGAUUUGAAGCAAGUGAUAACCGACUCAGCAUCAGGUUGGAAAUCUCCAGCAGGUGCAUGGACACUAGAUCUUCCAGCGCUAAAUCCGCUUACUCCACGACAGCUGGUGUCUGGUUCAGGGGUCAAGCAGAUUGAGAAUUUUGGAAGAAAACGUCUAGUUCGGCAAGAUCGACAACGAUGCACACCGUUGGGCUUUUGCGGUGGGGACGCAGCGAAUUCAUUUUCCGUUGAAGCACCAUUUACGCCAAUUGAAGAUGUCCGAGUUAUGCUUUUGGCCUUUCGAUUCAAAGGGCCCUUACUCGAAUCGACUGGCAUCAAUGUGAAAUUGAAUGGUUCAAAUAUGACUGCGGAUGGCAGGCUCAUUCCUAUGCGCGUGGAGAAAGAGCCAUCUAUCGUCAAGAAAUGGCCCUGUCACCUUUCCAACGCCAAUACCUGGGGGACAAGAACGGAUGUUUACUGGUUCAUCUUUGACACGGUGCAACCAAGUGUUCUCUCUAUUGAACUUUGCCAGCCACCCGGUGUGAAACAAAUUGCAAAGAUACAGUCAAUUGUGAUCUGGUGA